AUGAUGAAUCCCAGUGUGGCACCAUUUCUAUGCGAUGUGAUGGACAAGUCGAUAAUCCGAACAGAGUGGGAAAAAUGGCUUCGAUCGUUUACGCUGUACUUAGAAGCAGAAGACAUUACCACUGCGUCUAAGAAAAGAAGUAAACUGCUACACCUUGGCGGCGCUCAAUUACAAGAAGUCGCGUAUAAUAUCCCAGACGCGCUGGUAGAAGGAAAAGAAGGUGUAGAUCCAUAUGAGGUGCUCGUGGGUAAAUUGACACAACAUUUCUCUCCAAAGAGGAACUCGACGUUCGAACGACAUCUAUUUAGGUCCCUGAAACCAAUGGAAGGGGAAACCCUAAGUAAAUUCAUUUUAAAACUAAGAGGUCAAGCUGCUAAAUGUCAAUUCGGUAAGACCGAGAAAGAAGUUAUAGAAACGAAUAUAAAAGAUAAACUUAUCGAUGUGUGGGCACCAAUAGAUUUGAAAAAACGACUCCUGGAAAAAGAACAUGAUUUAACGCAGGUGGUUGAAAUGUGUCAGAUACACGAAUCAAUAAAAAGCCAAACGACAACAAUGGUUUCUGACGUAGUGCCACUAAACGUAAACAAAAUCGCUAACAAAACUAAGUUUGAUACUGCUGAAUGCGAUAGAUGCGGGCGUAAAGGGCAUACGAGUAAUGACUUUAACUGCCCGGCUAAGAAUGCUAAAUGCAAUAAAUGUAUGCUACAGGGUCAUUUUGCAGUGAGGUGUAAAACAAAAAGGGUCAAACGUGAGCACGGAAGUGGUAGUUAUGAUAACCUGAAACGGCGGCGCAUGGCAGCAUCUAGAGUGCGCUGCAUAAAUGAUGAGGGUGAGAUGAGAUCUGAAGAAAUGCGGGAGUUCGACUGUUUUAAAAUUGAUGAUGAUAUGAGCGAUGAGAGGAUUAGAUGCUCUGUUGGUGGCCGAACGAUUGACAUGGUAAUAGAUUCUGGGUCUCGAUUUAAUUUAAUAAGUGAAGGAGAUUGGUCGGAGUUACGAAACGGACAGGCCGUAGUGUGGAACAUCCGGUCCCACUCUCCAAAUCAAUUCAAAGCGUAUGCUGCGGAUAAGCUUUUGAAAGUGUUGCAGGUAUUUGACGCGCCAAUCGCUACAGCUCAUAAAGAACUGAUUGCUACCUUUUAUGUUAUUGAAAAGGGAAGUCAAUCACUCUUAGGGCGGGACUCAGCAGUAAAACUUAAUGUUUUGAGAGUAGGGUUAAAUGUCCAUCGAAUUGAAGAUAAAGAGCCAUUUCCAAAAAUUAAAAACGUUAAAGUUAGUUUAGCAAUAGAUUGUAGUAUCCGGCCAGUCCAGCAACCAAUAAGACGCAUUCCGAUUGCAUUAGAGACGAAAGUGGCGGAAAAGAUUAAUGAAGCAUUACACCAAGACAUAAUCGAGCGAGUUCCAGGGCCAAGUUUGUGGAUAUCGCCGGUGGUCAUAGUAUUUAAACCUAAUGGGGACGUGAGGCUAUGCAUUGAUAUGAGGCGCGCGAAUGAGGCCAUACUACGUGAAAACUACCCUUUACCCACCUUCGACUCCUUCAUGACAAAACUAAGACAUGCAAAAUUUUUCUCGAGGCUGGAUUUAAAAAACGCAUACCAUCAAAUCGAACUCGAUGAGGCCAGCGGAGAAAUAACGACGUUUAUCACACACAAAGGGCUAUUCCGGUACAAAAGGUUAAUGUUCGGGGUAAAUUCAGCGCCUGAGAUUUUCCAACGCAUAAUGGAAGAGUUGUUAUCACCUUGCAAGAACGUUCUCAAUUAUAUCGACGAUGUCAUCAUAUUCGGAAGCUCGGAACAAGAACAUGACGAAGCACAAGGCGAUGAGGUACAGCUUUCAGGCGAUGGUAAGGUGCUGCGGAGGAACAUCAGCCAUGUUAAGAAAAUUCCCUCCGCUAACCAACAACCAGCCAGUGAGUCAGAGAAAGCACCAGGAACAUUGUUACAUCCACCAAUUGAACAACAUUCAACACUAUCCAGAAAUUCAGGCGCGGAGGAGACAGGAACGUCACAAGGGUCACUACGUCCUGAGUCAGCGGCUAAGGUCACAUCACCACCUACAAAUGUGUUCACCGGCGACCAACCAUCAGCUCAGCAAGAAGGGAUUAAGUUGAAGCUAAAAAAAAUAGGAGGGAUGUGGCAACCCUAG